AUGCCUUUAGCCGGUGCUGUUACCUUAGUUGUUGGUCAGGGUUUGCUAUUCUGGUAUCUUUUAAAGCUCACCAGGAAUGCGAAAUCAUCAUCUGUUUCUUUUUCAAGAGACCACAAAGGUUAUUAUGAUCCAAUUGAUGUGAAUGUUACGAAGGAACUCUUUUUCACUAAUAAUCCAGGGAGAGUAUUUGAAAAUACCCCAGAAAAGUUAGUGAAAGGUGGUGUUAUGUUUAGGGAAUCCACAAUCUUGAGUCAAGAUUCAACGAUUGAUGUUGAUGAUGAAGUUGAUAACGCUGUCGCCCCAUCAAAUUCUGACUAUUUGAAUGUUAUUGAAGAUAGUGAUGAAGAGAUUUUUAAUGACGAAGUGUCUUUUAGAUCAGAUGAGAGUACGCUGGUUGAUACUGACAUAGAAGACUCAUGGAUAGCUACUUGA